UUGGGCGGCAGGGCGCUGUACCCGUACUGAGGGAAGACGAGCAGGAGCAUGUGUGCGGUGGUGUGUGACCGAAGAGCCCGGGUUUCCGGCGAAGUGAGUGGCACGCGACGUGGACCGGACCGGAGCGGGAUCCUGGACGGAUCGCAAGCUGGACCCAGUAAUGACCGUAAUACCGUAUGCUGCUGCUGCUGCUGCUUCCUCUUCAGCAUUCCUUUUGUCGCCUGACCGAUCGUCUAUACAUCGUAUUGAUAUGUCAUAGUACGUGACUGUUGCCGGUGCAUGCAACUCCUUUUUUCGUUCUUUCUUUUUGAUAUAUCGCGGGAGAUGAAUCCUGCUACGUGCUACUUGGACAUGACAGUAGUGCCAUGUCUGUGGUUCGCAUCGAUCGAGUUGUAUCCUCAUGCUCCACUGCUCCAGUAUCCCAUUAUCCUUUUGGGUCCCGUCUGUGAAUGAAUCCAUCGAGCUGCGUCUCCAUUUCAAACCUGUCAGCUAAACCCGCCGCGCCAAGCUUGACUCGAGUAAUCCGCAGCGUCCGAUUCCGAUCGUUACUUCCCGCCGGACACGGAUCACUGACCGGUGGGCCACCUCCACGUCUGGACGAGCUCCCACGGUCCUGGCCAUGCGCGGGCCCAUGUGGCAGCGUGAUGCGCCGCAAGAAGCUUCCACGAAGCUUCAUGGCCGCUACCGCCUCGAGAACAAGUCCCCAUUCCCGACCGCAAAAGCGGGCCGAGCCGAGGAAGAAGAGAACAAAACGAAACCCGAAGCUUUUUCCCCCAUUCUUCGCUGGAUAUACAGGAGGAUUUUCAGAGUCAGGGAGGUGAGGGAGAGAGGGCGAGGCAACUGUGUGUGUGUGUGUGUGUGUGAGCAGGCCCGCCGAGAAGAACCUUCGCGACGCCGAGGGGUCGGUCGCGCGCGGGCGCUCGUCGGUCGGUCGGUCGGUCGGUGUCGUCUCUCCUGCGAAGGUGCCCCUGGCUGCUGCUGCCGGGGUGGUCUGAUCGGGCAUGGCGCAGGGGAGUUCGCCGCCGCCGCCGGAGAUCCGCUCGCCGGACGAGCGGGCCGCGGCGGAGGACCCCGCCGAGGCGGAGGCGGGGGAGGUGGUCUUCGACGACGCGUUCGACAUACCCCAUAAGAACGCUCCGCACGACCGGUUGCGCCGGUGGAGGCAAGCUGCUCUUGUUCUUAAUGCUUCACGACGUUUUAGAUAUACUCUUGACCUUAAAAAGGAGGAAGAGAAAGAGAUUAUAAGGAGGAAGAUCCGGUCCCAUGCGCAAGUUAUACGGGCAGCAUUUCUUUUCAAAGAAGCUGGGCAAAAAGAUAUCAGAGAAGCUUAUACUGGUAUAAAUCUUGCAACGGCCUCUCGCAGUUUUCCAAUUGAACUGGAAAAGCUUAACACAUUAAACAGGGACCAUGACAGUGUUCUUCUUCAAGAAAUUGGAGGAGUUAAGGGAUUGUCAGAUUUGUUGAAGAGUAAUUUAGAGAAGGGAGUUAGUCCAAAUGAGGAUGAAUUAUUACAAAGGAAGAAUGUAUAUGGAUCAAAUACAUAUCCACGCAAGAAGAGAAAAAACAUACUGCGUUUUGUAUUUGAAGCUUGCCAAGAUUUAACUCUUGUCAUUCUGAUGAUAGCUGCUGCCAUAUCACUAACAUUGGGUAUGACUACAGAGGGUGUUGAUGAAGGAUGGUAUGAUGGCGGAAGUAUCUUUUUAGCCGUUUUUCUUGUGAUACUUGUUACUGCAACAAGUGAUUAUAGGCAAUCUCUACAGUUUCGACAUCUGAAUGAGGAGAAACAGAACAUACAAGUGGAGGUUGUUAGAGGUGGUAAAAGAUUUGGAGCUUCAAUCUUUGACCUUGUUGUUGGUGAUGUAGUUCCUCUCAAAAUUGGUGAUCAAGUUCCUGCUGAUGGUGUCCUGAUAUCUGGCCAUUCUCUUGCAAUAGAUGAAUCAAGUAUGACUGGAGAGUCAAAAGUUGUCCACAAGGAUCAAAAGGCACCAUUCUUGAUGUCUGGUUGCAAGGUUGCAGAUGGCUAUGGUUCUAUGUUGGUAACAGGGGUGGGUACAAAUACUGAAUGGGGUCAGUUGAUGGCUAACCUUUCAGAAGAUAAUGGUGAAGAAACACCAUUACAGGUUCGCUUGAAUGGUGUUGCAACUUUUAUUGGUUUGGUGGGCUUGUCUGUUGCUGGUGCAGUACUUGUUGUGCUUUGGAUAAGGUAUUUUACUGGACAUACCGAAAAUCCUGAUGGGACACCUCAAUUUGUUGCUGGAACUACUGGUGUGAAGCAAGGAUUUAUGGGGGCAAUUAGAAUUUUGACUAUCGCUGUGACCAUUGUAGUUGUUGCUGUGCCUGAGGGACUCCCAUUGGCAGUAACACUGACGCUUGCAUAUUCCAUGAAAAAGAUGAUGCGAGACAAAGCUCUGGUGAGGCGGCUCUCGUCAUGUGAAACAAUGGGAUCAGCUACUACAAUAUGCAGUGAUAAGACAGGAACCCUUACAUUGAAUAAGAUGACAGUCGUGGAAGCAUAUUUUGCUGGAACAAAGUUGGAUCCAUGUGAUGAUGUUAGCCAGAUGUCAGACAGUGCAGCGUCACUUAUUAUUGAAGGAAUUGCGCAGAACACAACAGGAACUGUAUUUCUGCCAGAGGAUGGGGGAGCAGCUGAACUUACUGGUUCGCCUACUGAAAAGGCCAUUCUUUCUUGGGGCCUUAAGAUAGGGAUGGAUUUCGACGAUGUGAGGACAAAAUCUUCAGUUAUUCAUGUUUUUCCAUUUAACUCGGAGAAGAAACGUGGCGCUGUUGCAGUACAGUUAGAUGAUGGUGUUCACAUCCACUGGAAAGGUGCAGCUGAAAUAGUGUUAUCAUCUUGCAAAAGCUGGCUUUCCGUCGAUGGCUCUGUUCAGUCAAUGAGUGCUGAGAAGCACGAUGAAUUCAAGAGAUCAAUCGAAGACAUGGGAGCGAAUUCAUUACGCUGUGUUGCUUUUGCAUACUGUUCCUUUGACAUUGAAAAGAUCCCAAUGGAAGACAUAACAAGCUGGGAGUUGCCUGAGGAUGACCUGACUCUGCUUGGCAUCAUAGGAAUAAAGGACCCCUGUCGCCCAGGUGUAAGGGAUGCUGUACGCCUGUGCACUACUGCUGGUGUUAAGGUGCGCAUGGUUACAGGAGAUAAUAUUGAAACAGCUAAAGCUAUAGCUCUGGAGUGUGGAAUACUAGAUGCAAAUAGUGUUAUUUCAGAGCCAGUUGUAAUCGAGGGAAAAGUGUUCCGUGAGAUGUCUGAAAGUGCAAGAGGAGAGGCCGCCGACAAGAUAAUUGUGAUGGGGAGAUCCUCGCCAAAUGAUAAACUUUUGCUUGUCCAAGCUUUAAAACGAAAAGGCCAUGUUGUAGCUGUUACUGGUGAUGGCACAAAUGAUGCCCCUGCAUUGCACGAGGCCGAUAUAGGUCUUUCAAUGGGCAUUUCCGGGACAGAAGUUGCUAAAGAAAGCUCUGACAUUAUAAUCUUGGAUGAUGACUUCACGUCAGUUGUCAAGGUUGUUCGUUGGGGACGAUCUGUCUACGCUAAUAUCCAGAAAUUCAUUCAGUUCCAGCUCACCGUCAAUGUUGCUGCACUUGUCAUUAAUGUGGUUGCUGCUGUGUCCUCUGGUGAUGUGCCCCUAAAUGCUGUUGAGCUUCUGUGGGUGAACCUCAUAAUGGACACACUUGGAGCUCUUGCAUUAGCAACCGAGCCUCCAACAGACAACCUUAUGAAGAGAAAUCCUGUUGGUCGAAGGGAACCUCUUGUUACAAAUAUCAUGUGGAGAAACUUGUUUGUUCAGGCCCUUUACCAAGUAGCAAUUCUUCUGAUUUUCGAUUUUGAUGGAGUAAGGAUUCUGCGUCUGCAGAAUGAAAGCCGAUCUGAUGCUGAGAAGAUAACAAAUACUUUCAUCUUCAACACAUUUGUAUUUUGCCAGAUCUUCAAUGAGUUCAAUGCACGAAAACCCGAGGAAAAGAAUGUCUUCAAAGGGGUCACGAAGAAUCACCUGUUCAUGGGAAUAAUCGGUAUAACGACAGUAUUUCAGAUACUGAUAAUUCAGUUCCUGGGGAAGUUCUUCAAAAUAGUGAGGCUUGGUUGGAGACUAUGGUUGGUUUCAGUUGCUAUCGGCCUUGUGAGUUGGCCCCUGGCUUAUGUGGGUAAAUUUAUUCCUGUGCCCGUAAGACCUCUUCCGGACUAUUUCAAACCCCGCUGUUGUUGGAAACCGCCGCGCCGAGACGAGGAGGAAGGUGGGCAGAGCUAAAGCGCAACGAGUGGGCAGUGUAAAUAGGCACGUGAUAAAAAAAUGGAGAUAAAUUGCACUGGUUGAUUCCAUGGUAGCAGCAUCCUGGGGAUGUACGCAUAAGAUGGCAGGUAGUCGGCCUCGUCGUUUUCUUCUAGGAGAAGCAGUCGGAAGAAAAGAAGUACUAUACAGAAGCCAAACUUGUCUACCCCUAUCCAGCUGGUGUGUCUGCUAUGCGGCAGCGAAACUUGAGUCAUUAGAUUGUAGCCUGAAUGAAAGCAGCGCUAGCUUGCGAUGUAGCAGUACCUUUUUUUCCCUGGCGAUAUCAUCUGACUGUAAAUUUGUAAAUGCUUUCGGACUACGAGUUGUUCUUAUUUUUCAUCCACCUCUUCUCUACGGAACGUUUUUUUCUAUAUAAGAAAAUAAAGUCAACAGAGCAGUUCUAAAA